AUUGAUUAUUGUUAUCAUUAGUAAUAAAAAAACACAAGACCGUGAAACAUUUUUUAAAUAAGCGGCCCAUUUUAGCACGCUGUGUGUGAGGGAGAGAGAUUUCAUGGCGACUUCGAAGCUUCAAGCCAUCUGGAACCACCCAGCAGGACCUAAAACAAUUCACUUUUGGGCUCCAACUUUUAAGUGGGGCAUCAGCAUAGCCAAUGUUGCUGACUUCGCUAAACCACCAGAGAAACUUUCAUACCCCCAACAAAUAGCGGUCACAGCCACUGGAGUUAUCUGGUCACGCUACAGCACUGUAAUCACUCCGAAGAACUGGAACCUUUUUAGCGUAAAUGUUGCAAUGGCUGGGACAGGCAUCUACCAACUUACAAGAAAAAUUCGGCACGAUUACUUUAACGAGGAAGAAGCUGCUGUUGCUGUUGCUGUUGCCAAGGAAUGACGACGAAAAUUUCUUUCUUUGUGUUGUAUGAUGAUGGCUCAUUUUCCCUUCUUGCCUUUGAAUGAUUGGUUCUAUGAUCAGUGCCUGCCCUCAAGCAGGUUCUGCAUUGUUUUCAAUUAUGUUGGAAUUUGUAGCUGUGGCUCUGAUGUUAUGGUGGUGUUAAAUGACAUCAAUAGUACUGUGCAGCGGCAUGUUUGAUCAAUUCUCCAACUACUGUGAUGUUGAAAUCCCUUUGUUAAUAACUUCUUGUCAUUAUUCGUAAUGGCCUUUACGAUUUUUAAUUAUAGAACCAGAUCUGGCAUUAAGGUAAUAAAAAGUGUGAUAAUUUCACGUGUAAA